CCUCUGGACCGUGCAGCCCUGGACCGUGCAGCCCUGGACCACGCAGCCUUGGGCUGCGCAGCUGAGGUGUAGUCUGCUGAUUCUCUCGCUCCAGGGCAUUGAGGCCACCACUGCAGACUGCGACAUUCUGCGCGCCCCUGUCCCAUUACGCUACCUUCCCCGCCAGGUAUCUGCCAUGCCACUGACAAUGCUGCGUGACUGGUGCAGGUGGAUGGGCGAGAGAACGCACCGUUCCCUGCUCAUCCUGGGCAUCCCUGACGACUGCGGGGACGAGGAAUUCCAGAAGGCCGUGCGCACUGCCCUGUGGCCCCUGGGCACGUACCGAGUGCUGGGCAAAGCGUUCAGAAAGGAGCUCGGAUCCAGGGUCGCCUUGGUCGAGUUUGCUCAGUAUUUAAACCGAAGUUUGAUCCCACAAAUACCAGGCAAGGGAGGACCCUGGCCUGUGGUCUUUCUGCCCCAGGCCCCCGAUUCAGAGUCACAGGAUAGACCAGAUUUCCCUGCACAGCCCCAGAGGCAUGCAGGAGUUGGCCAGGCAGGUGUGGCAGGAGCUGCAGGUGUGGCAGGAGCUGCAGGUGAGGAAGGAGCUGCAGGUGUGGCAGGAGCUGCAGGUGAGGAAGGAGCUGCAAGUGAAGCAGGACCAGCAGGUGAGGUAGGAGCUGCAGGUGAGGCAGGAGCUGCAGGUGAGGAAGGACAGGAAGGUGAGGCAGGAGCUGCAGGUGAGGAAGGAACUGUGGGUGAGGCUGGAGCUGAAGAUGGAGGAGUGUCAGAUGAGGAGGGAGCUGUGGUGUGGCAGAGAACCUUUUCUGGGAUGCAAGAGCCAGACCAAGAGGAAGAGUCCUUUGAGAGCUGGGUGGACCAUGCCAACGACAUGCUGUACACGUGGCGCCACGUGUCAGAAAGGGAGAGGAAAAGGCGGCUGGUGGAAAGCUUGGGUGGCCCCGCGCUGGAUCUCAUGUGCAGCCUCCUGGCAGAAAAUCCCGACAUGCCUGCGCAGGAUUGCCUGGCCGCGCUGGUACAGGUGUUUGGGAACAAGGACACCUGCAUGACUGCACGGCUCAAGUUCCUGACUUGUGCCCAGCGGCCCCAGGAGACUCUCUUUGCCUAUGUGAUGCGCCUGGAAGGCCUGCUGCAGUCAGCCGUGGAGAAGGGGGCCUUCCAUCCCGUCAUCGCAGACCAGGUUCGCGCCAGGCAGGUGCUGAUGCGGGCCCGCCCGAACGAGAUGCUCCAGAGCAAGCUGAGGAGGAUGCGGCUGGAGAGGAGACCACCUGGCUUCAUGGGGAUGCUGCGGCUCAUUCGGGAGACCGAGGCAUGGGAGGCCGCCUCAGGUAGGGGUGAGCAAUUCCAAGCGGAACAAGGGGCCUGUGUGGACAUGGGAGGGUUGCCGGCCGCCCAGGCUGCCCUCGCCAGUGAAGAGGUUGCUGAAGCCUCUCCAGCCAAUGAAGAUGCUUUCCGGGCUGCCCCGGCUCUUGAAGAGAUCUCCAAGUCCUUCCCUGCCACUCAGGAAGAUGAAAAUGCUCCCUCCUCUGUGGGCCUAGGUCAGGCAAGACCCUCCGAGGCCCCUGGGGGCCCCACUCCUGCCCAGAUGGGCAGUGCUUCCAGGGUGGGCCCAGGAGGUCCUGGCUGUGAGCCAGAGGGUCUCGCCCAGGCAGGAGAUCAGGAGGCUGGGGAGCCCCAGGAGGGGCUCAAGCCCAUCCCAGAAGAGUCGGAAAACGAGGAUGGCGCUGGGGAGACGAGCCCCCCCAAGUCCUCCUCAGGCAAAUAGGCUCAGAGGGCCCAGGGGCCCCCUCUCCUCUCAGGCAGCAGAGUUCUGGAGGCAGAGGGAGGCCAUGCCAGGGCAACAGCCUCGCCCCACAUUGAGAGUAGGGCCGAGGGAACAGCCCACUCACCCAAACAAAUUCCCAGGACCCCACCUCCCCAAGGCACCUUAGCCAGCACCAUUAGCCCUUCCAAAUGACCAAGAUGACCAUGCCUGACACCAAAUGGGGCAGGGAGAGGUGCCCCCCCACCCAUGGCAGCUCCACACCCAGCCCCAGCCCCAGCCCCAAUCCCUGCCAACUCAGGCAGCCAGUCUGGGAAACGUCCCUGAGUGGCUGGCCCUAGCCUAGGGGACGGGCACCUGAAGCCAUCUGCCACCCACACUGUACUGGGAGAUGUUAGGGGCCAUUUCAAAGGUGCCAGCCUCUUGGGUCUCCCGAGAGGGAGACACUCAUUUACUUCCCCUGGGGCACGUUGCUCCAUGUUCUGGGAAGCCCGCUUGUGUCUCUGUAGGGCCCUUAGUGACCCACGUCUCAAGUGAC